CCUACUCGCCGAUGCACUGCACAGGAGAGACCCUGACAGUGCCCGAGCCUCUCUCUGCCUGUGAUCGCUGCCUGGCGUCUCCUCUGCUCCGCUGGAUGUUUGCGCAGAGGACACCUGCCGCCUCCGGUCACUGAACCGAUCUCUCCACCGCCCCCCCUCGCGGCACAAUCCAGCGCCUUUCCACCUUUCUAACUUUCGCAACGUGUGACGUGUCGAUCUUUCUUCUAUUGUUUCGUGAACCUAUUCCAAGACCAUGGUCCUGUCGGAUAGGAAGACCCUGUAAAUCCAGGCGUUUGACUUCCAAUUCCGGGCUUGAUGGAACGUUUAUUUGUGACAGAUCGGGAAAGUUGCGCUGCGCAACGGAGCAUGGGCGCAAACUUUGAAAGCUUUUUAUAAUAAAGAGACAGUUUUUUUAGAAUGAAGGCAGGUGAGUCAACCCCAGCGUGAGAGGCGCACAGAGCUCCGGGGGCGCCCUAGGUAUUGUCAAGGAAAAAAGCACGAAGGAAGUCGUGAUCUGUGCGGCGGAUUGCGCCACGGAGGACGGAGGAAACGCUCCGAUGAGACAUCAUGGGUCCAUUGCUGUGUGAUGGACGACUGACACACCUCCUCUUUCCUCUCCUCCUCCUCCUGCGGGCUCCCUUAUUGUUCAGCUUUGUUGAGCGCACGUGCCCAAAUAGCUGCCGAUGUGAAGGGAAAACUGUCCAUUGUGAUUCCGCUGGAUUCUUAGAUGUCCCAGAAAAUGUCACAAUAGGCUGCCAAGGCCUCUCCCUGCGCUACAAUGAACUUCACUCCCUGCUACCCUACCAGUUUGCUCACCUUGGCCAGCUUCUUUGGAUAUACUUGGACCACAAUCAGAUUUCAACAGUUGACAGCAGGGCGUUCCAGGGAGUCCGCAGGCUUAAAGAGCUAAUAUUGAGCUCCAACAGGAUCAAAACCCUGCACAAUUCAACAUUUCAUGGAAUCCCCAAUCUCCGCAGUCUGGACUUGUCCUACAAUAAAUUGGAAAACCUGCAGCCAGGUCAAUUCCAUGGCUUACGAAAACUACAAAACCUUCAUCUUCGUUCAAAUGGGCUCUCCAACAUCCCUAUUCGAGCGUUCUUGGAGUGCAGAAGCUUGGAGUUUUUAGAUUUGGGCUACAAUCGGAUCAAAGCUCUUACCCGCACUACUUUUUUGGGACUACAGAAGCUGAUGGAGUUGCAUCUGGAACACAACCAGUUCUCCCGAAUCAACUUUUUUCUGUUUCCACGGUUAGCAAAUCUGAGAUCACUCUACCUGCAGUGGAACCGCAUUAAGGUGGUCAACCAGGGCCUCCCAUGGACGUGGUAUACACUUCAAAAACUCGACUUGUCCGGGAAUGAAAUCCAGGCCCUGGAUCCAGCUGUGUUUCACUGCUUGCCUAAUCUUCAAGUUCUCAACCUGGAAUCCAACAAAUUGUCCAAUGUGUCUCAGGAGGCGGUGUCAGCAUGGAUCUCACUGACCUCCAUCAGCCUUGCUGGAAACAUGUGGGAUUGUGGAACUGGCAUAUGCCCUCUAGUUGCAUGGUUGAGGCAUUUUCGGGGUACUAAAGACACCACCAUGAUAUGCAGCAGCCCAAAGUUUCUGCAGGGAGAAAAAAUUAUGGACGCCACAAGGGACCAUGGUGUUUGUGAGGAAACUGAUUAUGUUCUGACUGAAACCCCAUCUCCUAUGUCAGAGCUCAUUUCUGAAGCCACUGGUGAACCAACCUUUGCCCCUACUAGCGGUUCUCCACCACUACCACCAACCCACAACUAUGGUCCUCUCCCUCCAUACAGACCUCGACCUAUUCCUCACCCUACCUUUCCAGGUCAUUUGAGCAAAGAUCCAAGAGACUCAGUUGCUCGCACUAGACCCACUCACAUACCACCCCCAGAGAUAGAGCACAUGACUCUGCACAAAGUGGUGGUGGGCAGCGUUGCACUCUUCUUCAGCAUGUCCCUUAUCUUGACAAUUGUCUAUGUGAUGUGGCGGCGCUAUCCAGGUGCAACAAGGUUGCUGCAGCAGCGAUCCAUGGUGGGACGGAAGCAUCGCAGAAAGAGUCCAGAGCCAGAGCAGAACCUGAGCACCCAGCUCCAAGAGUAUUACAUGAGCUACAACCCUGCUGCCACACCAGAGGCAUUGGAGGUGCUUGGCAAUGGCACAGGUUCCUGCACUUGCACAAUUUCUGGCUCCAGGGAGUGUGAGCAGAAUGAGUACACGUGUCCACGCCCCCUACCUGGUGCCUGGCUGGGAGAUAUGCCUACCAUCCAUUAACCCCCCAAAAAGGGAACUGCUUUCGGAUUGGGGUCCAACAAACCAACGCUGAAACAGAGACGCAGGAGAAAAACGGAUCCAGCCAUCAUAAUUCACAUUCAAGGAUGCAUUUCAAACGUUGCUAACAAGGGGAACCACUUGCCGAGACAAAGAGGAGAUAAUACUGUCUUUUCAUUUUUCUUAAGAUUUUAUAAAAGUCUUGUUUUUGGCCUGUGGUCUUUGGUCAUCAGCUUUGCUGCGUUCCUUCCCGUUUCAUCAGCACACAGACUCUGACACACACGGUUGUGGAAAUGCAGUAAACAGCCGAGGCUUUGGGAGAAGACUCAUGAGCACUAAUGGAUGGUUUUAACCAAAAUGGAAGCGCAUUGUAUAGACUGUAAUUGCUUAUUGUCUCCAUGAGGACAACUUGGCAUUGUUUCGAACACAGGGAAAAGACUACACUAAUUCAAGAGGCUUUAAAAAAAAGUGUAAACUGAGCAAUGAAUCAUUGAUGAAAAAGCACUGACGGUAGGGGUUUUUGACUGCUCUGCUAACACAGCUGUGUUUAAUUUAAAGUGGGUUUCCACAUUUGAUUAAUACAAGGCAUCAUGUUCUCAUCUUUUAAUGCUUUUUUUUUUUUUUUUUUUAAGAAAGACUAAUCAAAGGGGUAAGAUGGUGUAAAUGUGCCUCACUGGAGCAGAACAUUUAUGAAAGGAGUCACUGAGCUAUCCUGUGCACCUGUCAGUAAUGAGGAAUCUGCUUCAUCAAGUCAGCAGCUGGAAGACUGUUUGAAGCCUGUGAGAAGUAGCCAGUGGAAAACAAACUAUCCCCCCAGCCAAUGACUCUUUGUGAAGAUUUUUUUGUUUUUGUUUGGUUGUGUUUUUUUUUCAUCAUCUUCUUUUUCUCUAAGUUGCUUCUAGUUGCAACCAAACCUCGGAUGUCAACUUUGUAAUUUGAAGUUUGAGAGCGCAACCAGAAGCAAAAAAGGGAAAAAAAAAGAAAAAGCUCCUUCUAAAGGGUUAAAAUGUAAUUUUCUGAGAUUAUAAUGUUGUUAAUGUUGUACUUUAUUAAUAUGUGUUCCUGCCAUUUUCAACACCAAAUACCAAAGAGCCAAAUUGAGCUUUUUCAGGCCUUUGGCUCUCCCAAACUUGGAUUGUUACAGAUCCUGGAUUUGCUCUAGUAAAAGGAAAUCCACAAAAAUAUAUAACAAAGCCUCAAUUCCCCCUCAUAUCCAGCAGUGCUCUCCUACCGAAUUGGCUUUUUUCUUCUUCUUCCAUGUGUGUAAUGUGUACGUCUUUGUGAACAAACAGUGAUGCAAGGACAGUCUUUGUCGGGAAGAUCCUGUCUGUAAGAUGACUUUGAGCACUGCUUUCAUUCAACGACUCAUGUUGGAAAAACAUGCUACACUCCCCUUAAAAAUAGUCCGCCUGUCUCUCCCCCCUUGAAGAGACUGCUGUUGUUGCUGUGCGCGUUUCCCAAGUGUGCUUGUGUUUCACCCGUUCUGAGUUCUUCUUUAUAUUUCAGAUGCAUCCGAGUUGUGCAUUGUUUGUUUCGACCUUCUUUCUACACAGGAAAUGGUAAUUUUCUAUUGUACAUUUCUGCUCUCCCCCCCUUGAAUUUGUUGAUAUUUAGUAAGCAGCUGUAUUCUUUGUUCACUUUCAACAGUAUGUUUUAUAAUGAAAAUAACUUUAUUGGUGAGCAAUAUGAAUUGGUCAAAUUAAAAUAUUCAUCAAUCACU